CGCGCGCGUGCCCAUCCCUUCAAUUCCUCAGCACAUACUUUUCUCCCUGUCUCACGCGCGCACCAUGUCCGAGAAGCAGCAGGAUCGCCGCUAUCAUCCGCGAGCACUGGGGCCGGCGCGCGAACACGGCUUGAACCUGCAGAAGCGGCAGGCGCGCGUGACGGUGAAGUACAACCGCGCCGAGCUGCAGAAGCGCAUGAACGCCGAGAAGUGGAUCGAGCGCGCGAUGGAGGAGCUGUACGCCGGGGCGGAGGAUGACAUGCCAGAAGAGAUUGACAUUGACGACUUACUGGUUCUGCAGAGUGACGGAGAAAGAGCAAAGAAACUCCAGGAGCUGCUGCAGACCUGCAGAAAAAACACACAGCCAUUCAUCCAUGAACUCCUCCAGAGGCUGCAAGGCCUUCCCAAACAGGAAGAGCUACAGAAAGAAGGCAUUGGCCAUCCCUGUCUCCAUGGUUACCCCCAUCACCAUGGCAAUGUGCACAACCAUAGAGGCCAACAACAGCACCAGCAGCCACGAACCCACCAGACUCUCUAGCCCUCUUAUCCCAUAAGGCACUGAAGCAGCCAAAUACACCUCGGCUAGGUCACUCGUCCACGGACUGACAUGACAACAUGACUAACCUGAUGUUUCCACGCUGGCCGAUAUCCUGUAAUCACGCUCACGCCUUGUUAAGGAAAUUUAAACCGCUUAACAUGUCGGUUUCAAGGGUUUUCCUAACCAGAUUAAAGCCUUACGGGAUUUUAUAGCAUCCUGUAUGAAGCAGACAAUGAUAUACUGUAAGAUUUGACAUUUCCUAUAAGUUUCUUUUACCAGUAAUGUAGUCCACUUAGUCAUGAACUUUCCACAACGCAGCACAUGCAGUACAAAGCACCAACUUACGAGUAAAAUUAUAUUAAUUGUAAAGCUGUCAUCUCACAAAUUUCCCUUUACUCUAAAUAUAGCAGGUCAGUGGAUACGCUAAUGUUGUGUAGAAAUAAUGAGAGAAUUUGUAUCGAAUACCAGAAAUAUUUAAUAUAAGUAUCACACUCAACACUUAACCAUCUCUCUGGUAUGAUUCAAUGUUAGAGUGUAGAGUUGUGCUGAAAUUGUCAUUCCCUGGUCAAGAUGGUGGCCUUCAUAACAUUCGGCUGAAAAAUUCUGUUUCCGUUUAGAGCUUAUGUCCUAAAUCACGCUCUGUUGUAAACCACAUUCUGUGUUCUGUCAGAUAUUGGGUGAUUUAUAUUACUAGCUUGCAAUAUUAGGUUUGGAAUAAAAAAAAAUAAAACUUUGGUCACCAAACAUCCUUCAUUUAGAGUAAAGGAAUUGCCCUCGUUAAAGCUAUUGAUGAGUGGAAUAAUGGACAGUGUGGCUUUUUUUUCCAAGUUCAGUGCAUUUUCAAACUGACAAACAACAACAUGUAAAUAGCUAAAUAAACUCCUAAGACUAGCUCCCUGUUACACUGAGGAGUUCUUAUAUCACUAAGACACGUGCUACAAUAAUGCUAAUAAAUCGAUGUGAUCCAAUAAGUGUGCAGAAGCUCAAUUUACAGAUGUUAACUAUAUAAUAAAGAGGUGAAUCGAUUCUGAGGGUGUUUUUUUUUUUUGGCUCAUUUGCCAAACUGUCUAAAAUAACUAGGAAAUGUUUGCUAAGAAAAUUAGCUAGCUCGCUUAGCAAGCUUAGCACAACGCUGGACAAUACGUGCACGAGAUUAUGUAUGUUGUUUUAAAAUGUUGAUACAUAUCUACACAUGAAUUAAAAUUCGUCACAGUAUUAGACAA